UACUUGUCCCCUUUCACAGAUCUCUACUGUGUGUAAAAAAGUAAAAAUUAGUGGGUAGUUUAUUUUGCUUAUUCCGUUACCGUGUGUGAGAAGAAAAUUUUGUUUGCCGACGAUAUUCGCGGCUGUCCGAUUUUUUCCCCUCCGUUGGGUUGUGAUACUGAACGCCAUGUCCAAGUGCGCUCGUUGCGAAAAGACUGUGUAUCCCAUGGAAGAAUUGCGGUGUUUGGAGAAGGUUUGGCAUAAGGCUUGUUUCCGGUGCAAGGAGUGCAACGUGUUGCUCAACUUGCAGAACUACAAGGGGCUGGAAAAGACUCCGUAUUGUCGAGUACAUGUUCCAGUACAGAUGCCGACCCAAGUCGCAUCGACGCCUGAAAUGAAGCGCGUGAGGAAGGCGACCCAGAUGCAAUCGAACAUAACCUAUCAUGCGGAGUUUGAGAAGCAGAAGGGCCACUACACCCCGGUGGCGAUGACGCCAGAGUUUCAGCGUGCCAGAGAAGCCACUCUGCUUGCCAGCAACGUUGUAUACCACGGGGAUUUGCUCAAGAAAGCUGAUAUGGACCAUAAGCGUGCUUUGAACAAGGAUGUGAUUCUUGCCGGGUCUCCGACUGACGAGGAAAAACUCCGCCACGCGAAAACUCUGGUCUACGAAUCUGCUACUGGAUCAGUUGACCCGUCCAUUUCCCCGGGGAAACAAGUGGGAUCUAUUUUGGAUUACGAACCUGGUCCGGAGAAGGAGACGGAAUCCAUCGAUGAGACAACUGAUGCGCCUGAAAUAUCUAGCGCCUCCAAGAAAGUGCAGCUCGACAGCAACGAGAAUUACGAAGUUUUUCCAGUGGAUGUCGGUUCAACUGAAACCACCGAACAGUUCACAACUGCGACUAAAACUACUGAAACCAAAGAAAGCGAAGCGAAAACUUAUGAGCUUUGUGGAGCAGUACAGCUGUUGCUUUCCCGAUCUGCCCAGCUGCAAAAGAUGGACGCUUUUGACUUGGCAAUCUUGCCCUCUAUAUUCCACAAUGACCCGAGGUGCGUGGAACAGUUGCGUUUAGUUCACCGAUUCCAGCAACUUCUGAACGAAGCUAGCUGCGAAGCAGAUGUCGAGGAAGGCAAAUCUAUUUUGGAGAAGUUCCGAACAGACGAGCUUUUCCGGCCUGCAUCGCAGAGUGCUGUAUCAUCUGUGAAGUCGAAAGCAGGCAGGAAAAGGGCUGUUCGAGAAACCCCAUCAACCGUCGUUUCGCAGCGUAAGUUUCAGUGCAAUGGAAGUUUUCAAAAAUACCUCACAAGAAAUGAUAACUGUAGUGUUGUGAAAUCGCAGUCGAGGACUACCAGGAAACGUGCUGAGAAAGAAUCAAUUGCCCCGAAGUCCGAAGCCGAUGGAACAUCUCCCGAAAACCUCGAUGUUCCGACGGAAGUCGUUGAACAACCGCCAGUUCGUCAAACGCGAGCGUCUAAACAGUCUGCCUCGGUUCGUCAAACGAAAGCUUCCAAGCGAACUGCCUCGGUUCGUCAAACUGCGAAAGCCUCCAAAGCCAGAAAAAACGCCUCUGCGGACGUUCCGGAUGAUUCUUCAGAUGAUUCCGGGACUGUGCCUGAACCAGUGAAACCUGCCGAAAUCGAAAUACCGGAGACAAUCGAACCUAAAGAAGAUUCUGCACCACUAAUGGAACCCGAAACGGUUCGUCGAGUCGGGCGCUCAAAGAAAGUUUCGUCGACACCGGCGCAAGAUGAACCAGUUGAGGAAGAACUUCCGGUUGAAGCUGCACCUGCAUUGGAUUCUGCGACGAAACCGAGUUCGAACAAUUCCUCCGUGCAAUUUAUUGAACCUACGCCUAUCGAAGACGUGGAAGAAAUUGUCGUUAGCGAUGUUGAAAGUCCUAAGGACGAGGUCAUCACUGUGGAAGGAUCUCCGAAGGUCGAAGCAAAAGCCAAAAUCAGUCAAUCGUCCUCGGAGGAUCAAGUCGAGGCGAUGGAAGUAAGCACUACCGACGAUGACCGGUUAAGUGACCUGGCUCCUUUGAAAAGUAAAUCUGUGGACAGCGGUAUCAGUCAGAAUUUCGUAUCUGAUCAAUCCCAAGNGGAUCAAGUCGAGGCGAUGGAAGUAAGCACUACCGACGAUGACCGGUUAAGUGACCUGGCUCCUUUGAAAAGUAAAUCUGUGGACAGCGGUAUCAGUCAGAAUUUCGUAUCUGAUCAAUCCCAAGCAUUGGACGACGAAUUACCAUCUGCCGGGGAGUCUAAUCGAAAGCUGUCUAAGCUUGUCGAAGAACAGGCCUCGGUUGCCGCCAUUUCCACUCCUCAGCAGGCGAACACGCGACUGUCCCGCAGAGACCAAUUCUCCACUCAGGGCUCAGUCGCGUCCACUUUAACAUCACGUCGGUCAUCGUCUCUCGCCCCGUGCAGCACCAUCAAACGCAUUUGCAGCACGAAGAUCCCGCUAUUCAUAUCCCGCACCAAGUCUCAGUCGCCGUCGAAUCGUGCUGCAUACGCAGCCUCUGCCCUGAACUCUCUCCGCGCAUUCCCGAACGUGUCGACGCAAUCGUCUCUCGUUCGUCGCAACAAUCCCAUCACUCCGAUGAUCCAAAAAAAGCAGCAGGUGGACGAAGAAGUGGCGAAGAAACGCGCCGACAAGGAGCUCAUGCUCGAAGCCAGGAAAAUGGAGGAAAAGCGUCGCAAGGAAGAGCAAGCCAAGGCAAAGGAAGAGAAAGAGCGGAAGGUGCGUGAGAAGGCAAAGAAAAUCGAAGAGCUCAAGAAACUUAAGGCGGAAGCUGCGUUGAAAGAACGACAGCAGCGGUUGGCGAAGCGGGAAGAGGAGGAGGCUGAGCGGAAGCGUCAGGCGGAAAUUAAAUUGCAAAAGAAGGCGGAGAUGGAAGAGGCGAAACGGAUUCAAGACGAAAAGCGUCGGGUUGAAGAGGAAGCUGCCAAAGCUCGUGCAGACGAAGAACGAAAACGAGUGCUGGCUGAAAAGAAGCGCUUGCAAGAAGAUGAAACUAUCAAGGCUCGUGCAGAGGAAGAACGGAAACGAGUUCUGGCGGAGAAGAAACGCUUGCAAGAAGAUGAAGCUGCGAAACGGAAAGAGCGAGAAACCGUGGCUGCUGCCUCCAAAACUAAGAAAGUUCCUCCUAAACAGCCGGCUCCAAGUUUGGACGCGACGUUCACUGUCGAUUCGCCCCCGGCAAAACCGACACGCGUUUUCGAGACGUACGGCAUUGAGGAUGUGAAGACGGACGAUGAAACUGACGAUGAAUCAAAUCCGAAGAAUCCUCUGCCGUCUUGGGCUUCAAACAUGACUUACAUACGGGAAAGGUGGCUGGCCUCGUACGAGAACCCAAAGGCGAAACGGGAAGUGUUCCGCAAGCAGCCGAACCCGACAGUGGAAAUUGCGUUCCGAGGUGUGAAGUAUCACGCAGUUCAACGUCACGACGAGACAGUGAAUUGGGAUCGGGCGCCGACCUGGGACAUGACCGCUGUUUUUGAUUCCGACUGA